GCAUUUGCCGGUUUCUUCUCGCCCUCUCUCUUUCUCUCUCCCUCGAAGAACCCGACGAAAGGAGAACCGAGGGAUUUCACGGGAGUUUUUUUUGGGGGGCUCAGGGAUCCCCAUUCGCCCGUUGUCCUUUCCCUUGUGUUCUCGUUGCCUUCGAAGCAUCAAAAACUUGAGAAAUCAAGGAGAAGAAGAGCUAGAUUCGGUUGUCUUUGUGUGAAAAAUCUCUCUUUCUUCCGCCACUUUUCCAUGAUAAUAUUAAAGAAGAAAUUGCAAGAAAAGGAUAUGGCAUUUGGGGUGAAGGAAAUCAUCUUAUAUAUCAGAAGAUCUAAUUAUAGAUUGUUUUGCAAUCAUCUGUUCAUUAUCAGUUUUUUCAUUGUUAUACUAUACAGAUUUUUUCCUUCUCUAUUUGCUCUUCUUGUCACUUCCUCUCCCAUCACUAUCUGCACUGCCCUUCUUCUUGGAAUCAUUCUCACUUGUGGUGAUAAAAAAAAAACUGAAAUCGAUGAGGAUAGGAAGACUCAGAGAUUUUCUCAUCAGGCUGGGGCUUUUGCCAAUGUGGAAAGUAGAAGAGGGGUUAAAAAAAUGAUGGUCAGGGAGGCAGCUUCUCAUGAUGAAGGGGCUACUGGUAAUAGCAAGGCAAGGGCACAAAAUGACAGACAUGGCUCAUUUGAUACUUGUUUGGCUGCAAACUCUUCGAUCAAGCAAAACACGAAAAGGGCUUAUGGUGAGAAGAAGGCGAGUGAAGAAAGCAAAAUUCAUGAUUGUGGUUUUACCAAUGAGAAAGAAGUUUCUGUAGGACUAGCUAAAGGUGUAUUGAAAACAAGAGAGGAUAUCGGUAGCCUAACCACCUCGGACCAAAAGAAUUCUAAGGGUCUUAAGGUGGAAAGUGAUAAGCCUAUGUUAAACACUCAUCGUCAUUCUACAUUGCGCGAAGCUUGGGAUCAUCUUAACCGCCAUGAUGCUUCUUCAAGUUCUGAAUCCGAUCAGGCAGAGUGUUCAUCACCGGAUGCUGCUUCUAUGCCCGACAUCAUGCCAAUGCUAGAUGAGCUUCACCCACUUUUAGACUCUGAACCUCUUCAACCCACUCUCAUAUCCAAAGAAAACUCAGAUGUUGCUUCCAUACAGUCCUCAGAUGUUGGUAGUGUCGAGGAAGAAGCUGAAAACCAGGAGGAUGAAGAUGAUGAAGAAGUGCAGGAUGAGAAAGAUGCAAAGACCAAAUCUUUGGUAUCUUGGACGGCAGAUGAUCAGAAGAAUCUUGUGGAACUUGGAAAAUCUGAAAUGGAAAGGAAUCAGAGGUUGGAGAGCUUAAUUGCAAGACGAAGAACAAGAAAGUUUCUAGAGAAAAAUUUAAUAUACUUGGAUAAUAACGACUCACCGCCAAGUAUAGAAGAUCUAUCACGCUUUCAAAUAGAGAUUCCAUCUGUUUUUCCACAAAGACAAAACCCUUUUGAUCUUCCCUAUGAUUCAGAUGAAAUCCCUCUUUCAGCUCCUCCUAGGCUAGUACCGAGACAAAACCCUUUUGAUCUUCCUCUUAACCAAGUAUAUGAAAGUAAUAGCCCGUCAAUAGAGAACUUGAGCCAUCAAGAGGCUGUCACAAAUCCACAAAGGGAUAUAUUAUUAAGAAGGCAUGACAGCUUCCAUUCAGGAGCAUCAUUUCCUGGGGAUCUUAGAGAAGAGAGGCAUGCCUCUAGGCUGAAGCCCUAUUUUGUUGCAGAGAAGAAGGAUGAAGAGGAGACAGAUUUCAAUGUCCCAAGACGAUCAAUUGAAGGGCAUGAUUCAACAAUAAGCUCUCCAAAAUCUUAUACAGUUCAAGAACCUCUUACCAACCAUGACAGUAGUCCUCCUGAGCGAGGUAGUCAAUCCUCUGAGGGUGUUGAUGAGGUGGAUGUCAAACAAGUACAAAGCAAGGAAGCAAAAGAAGCUGUUGAUGGUCAUAUUACAUAUCCCGUCUAUGAUUCCAGUUCAUCAGCAACUGACAAAACCAACUGAUUUUUAGCACUUGCUGAAGUUUCCUUUAACACAUAUAUCUCAGAAGUGGUUCCCCUCCAAGGACAGCUGAGGGGAAUGUUAUUGGGGAGGGAAAGCGCAAGAGGAUGUGGCAUCUGCUGAAGUUUGUGUUGCAUUGAGUUUAGCUUCCAUAGAGCAAAAUAAAUCAGGACCAGUGGAGGAUUCUGAGAUCAGGGAGCAUGACUCUAGGUCAUCCAGUUCUUCCUGUAUCACUCUUUACUAGAGGCAGCUACAUUAAAUUCAUAUCUUGUUAGAUGUUCAUCCGAAGAUUUAUUGACAGAAUGUACCUAUGGUUGAUUCAGAUUAAUUUCUUUUGUAAAUUCAAAUUUUGAUA